CACGCCUCACUCCACAGAUAGUUGAAAGAAACGAGAACACACACACACACAGAGCAUCGGAUUUUGAUGACAAAUCCGAUCUUGACCAACUUCUUCUUCUUCCACAUCCAAUUCAAUUCAUUCCAUCUGAUGUGAUGAUAUGGAAAUCCUAUGGUAGUAGUUGUCUUGCAUAAUCCAGAAGAUUUCUAUUUCUGUACACUGAAUUGGUCAAAACCUUCUUGAUGGGAGCUAAAUUGAGCCUAAACAUUUUUGGGGCGAGAGUUGGCAGUCCCGAUGACUUUGUUCCUGUCGAAACUUGCAAAAAGCAAAAAUUGAUGCCGAACUAUUGGGAGGAAAACCAUAGACUGAUUUCCAGCCUUCCUGAUGAGAUAUCUAUCCAGAUUCUAGCUAGAGUUCCCAGGAUACACUACUUGAGUCUUAAGUUGGUCUCUCGAGCAUGGAAACAUGCCAUUAUAAGCAAUCAGCUCUUCCAUCUCCGACAGGAACUCGGGACAGCUGAGGAAUGGUUGUAUGUAUUGACAAAGGUUAAGGAUGGGAAACUUCUGUGGUAUGCUUUGGAUCCGCAGGCUCAACGAUGGCAGAAGUUGCCCCCGAUGCCUACUGUUUCUCUAGAAGAUGAAUCUAAGAAGGGGUUAACCGGGCAACGGAUAUGGAAUAUGGCUGGCUCUAGUAUGAGAAUUGCAGAUGCUAUAAUGGCUUGGCUUGGUAGGAAGGAUGCAUUAGAUCAAAUGCCAUUUUGUGGUUGUGCUGUUGGUGCAAUUGAUGGGUGUCUGUACGUGUUAGGUGGAUUCUCUAGUGCUUCCGCGAUGCGAUGUGUUUGGCGAUAUGAUCCUGUUGCAAAUUCAUGGAAUGAAGCACACCCUAUGUCAAUUGGUAGAGCAUAUUGUAAAACUACUGUUUUAAACAACAAGCUUUAUGUCGUUGGAGGGGUCACAAGGGGUAACGGUGGUUUGACACCGCUACAAUCUGCUGAAGUAUACGAUCCACAUACAGGCAUCUGGUCCGAAAUGCCAAGCAUGCCCUUUGCUAAAGCUCAGGUAUUGCCUACUGCAUUUCUGGCCGAUCUACUCAAGCCAAUUGCAACAGGACUAACGUCAUACCAGGGCAAGUUAUUUGUGCCUCAGAGUCUAUAUUGCUGGCCAUUUUUUGUCGACGUCGGAGGAGAAGUUUAUGACCCGGAUGUGAAUGCCUGGGUCGAAAUGCCCGUGGGCAUGGGUGAGGGGUGGCCCGCAAGGCAAGCUGGAACAAAAUUAAGCGUCACGGUCAACGGGGAACUGUAUGCAUUGGAUCCUUCUAGCUCUCUUGACAAUGCCAAGGUCAAGGUCUAUGAUUCCCAAUCUGAUGCCUGGAAAGUUGUGGCAGAAGACAUUCCCAUCCAUGACUUCUCUGAUUCAGAAUCUCCUUAUUUACUCGCUGGGCUGACCCAUAAACUUCAUGUCGUCACCAAAGAUGCAAAUAACAACAUAACUGUCAUGCAGGCUGGUGUGAGAAAUCAUCAUCUAGCUUCCUUCCACUCGGCAUCAUCAUCGUCAUCACCAUCUUCGCACGAUAUCUGCUUUGAAUUGCAUGAAUCUGAAGAGGAAUCCGAAAAUUUUACGAGGGUGAUUGCCACUAGAACCGUCGGGUCGGCCGAACUGGUAAGUUGCCAGACCCUUGUUAUAUAGCCGUAUAUAGUUUCAGUAUAAUUAUCCAUACUCAAGAAGGUGGUUGAAAAUCUCAAUUUUUUCCCUCUCUUCUUAGCAAAAGAAUGUUUUAUGCGGCUGAUAUGCAAAGUUUUAUUGUGCAAAGUAAUGUGUAGCCCGAUCAAUGGUUUAAACGAUUGAAACUUCAUUUGAAGUGGAUAUAUAUAUAUAUAUAUGUCAUAUUUUUGCUAUUUGAGA